UGCUGCUUUGGUCUGCCCGCAUCUGUGGCUACUGUCAGGGUACAGGCGACAGAGCGGUCAAAUAGUAAUUACCCCAUGAAAUCCAGGAGAAAUAUGCUCUGGAAAUUGUAACCAGCAAGGAGGAAGGACUGUUACAACCAUAUUCAAGCGGAGAGGCUGUCCACCAGUGCACCUACCAGACCAGUGACUGUCCACCAUGCUGUCCAGGUUGAGGACAACCUUGAACCUGCGGCCGUGUGUCUCUGUUUGCAGAUGGGCACACACCAAAGAGAAGGGCAAGCCCCUCAUGCUCAACCCUCGCACCAACAAAGGCAUGGCCUUCUCCCUACGAGAGCGACAGAUUUUGGGGAUACAGGGUCUGCUGCCUCCCAAAGUGGAGACUCAGGACAUUCAGGCUAUGCGCUUCCAGAAUAACCUCAAGAGGAUGAGUGACCCUCUAGAGAAAUACAUAUACCUGAUGGGCAUCCAGGAAAGGAAUGAGAGGCUGUUCUAUAGAGUGUUGAUGGAGGACAUUGAAGAACUGAUGCCUAUAGUCUACACUCCCACUGUAGGCCUGGCCUGCACACAGUAUGGACACAUCUUCAGGAGACCCAAGGGCUUGUUCAUCUCCAUUCUGGACAAAGGACAUAUCCGCUCCAUCCUGGACAACUGGCCAGAGACAAAUGUUGCAGCAGUAGUAGUAACUGAUGGAGAGCGUAUUUUAGGAUUAGGGGACCUGGGUGUUUAUGGCAUGGGCAUCCCUGUGGGAAAACUUUGCCUGUACACGGCCUGUGCUGGCAUCAGACCUGAGAAAUGUCUGCCAGUGGUGAUAGACGUUGGCACAGACAACGAGACACUCCUUAAGGAUCCGUUCUACAUGGGCCUGUACCAGAAGCGGGACCGCUCUCAAGCAUACGAUGAUCUGAUUGAUGAAUUCAUGGAGGCUGUGGUGGACAAAUAUGGCCAGGACACACUGAUCCAGUUUGAGGACUUUGGGAACCACAAUGCUUUCCGCUUCCUCAGGAAGUACAGGGAGAAGUACUGCACCUUCAAUGAUGACAUCCAAGGCACUGCGUCUGUAGCCCUAGCUGGUCUGUUGGCAGCUCAGAGAGCCAUUGGUAAACCCAUCACUGAACACAGGGUGCUUUUCCUGGGUGCUGGAGAGGCUGCCCUGGGUAUUGCUAACCUAAUUGUCAUGGCAAUGAUGGAGACAGGGAUGACCCAGGCUGAGGCCCAACAGAAAAUCUGGAUGUAUGACAAAUAUGGGCUACUCGUGAAGGGCAGAGCCCAGGAAACAGACACAAACCAGGAGGCGUUUGUUCAUGACAGUCCAGGGAAUGUUCAGAGCUUCUUGGAUGCUGUCAACACCAUCAAACCCACUGCUAUCAUUGGUGUGGCAGGAGCCGGACGUUUGUUUACCCAUGAUGUCAUCAAAGCAAUGGGAGCCCUGAACGAACGACCAAUCAUCUUCGCCCUGAGUAACCCCACCAACAAAGCAGAGUGCACAGCAGAGGACGCCUACACAAUUACUAAUGGUAGAUGUCUUUUUGCCAGUGGCAGUCCCUUUGAUCCAGUGACUCUGAGUGAUGGACGGGUUUUCACACCUGGACAAGGAAAUAAUGCUUACAUCUUCCCAGGUGUGGCCCUGGCUGUGAUCCUGAGCGGAGUGAGACACAUCAGCGACACAGUCUUCCUAGAGGCAGCUAAGACUCUUUCAGAGCAGCUCACGGAUAAAGAGCUUGAAGAAGGCAGACUUUACCCACCCCUCUCCAAUAUCAGAGAGGUCUCAGUCCAAAUGGCUGUCAAGGUGGUGGAGUAUGUCUAUGCUAAAGGCAUGGCGUUCCGCUACCCCGAGCCUGUGGACAAGAACAGCUUUGUGCGCUCUACCGUCUGGCACACCAACUACGACUCCUUCCUGCCAGAUAUCUACGACUGGCCCGGCGUCACCUUCAACCCCAAGAGGGACUAGACCUAGAACUGACUAGAUCCUCACUGUGUCCCAUUUCAUCAUGUUACUCUCUUUCUUUGCUUCCCUCUCCAUUCCUCAUCACAGAUGUUUGAGAUUAUUACAGGCACCUUAGUGCAGUCAUCAGCAUAGAAGAAUUAGAUAACCAGCCUCUCACUGUUGCCACCUUGCUAUUUGCACUAACACAUUCUUAUUAGAUAUGUGAAAAGGUGGAGUGGAAAACAGCAGUAGAUAGGGAAUGACAUUUAAAUGGGAUUAUUUGCUUUCAUUUCACAUCCAAGUUCUUAUUACCUCAGCUUCAAAGUGAACUUGUGGACCCUUGGGAGGUAGAUGCUUUGAGGUGGAAAAGGAAGUGUGGAAAUCCAUGUUUUCAGUUGUCAACUCAUACAUGUGUUUGGAAAUGCAUGCACACAGCUAGCAAUCUGUGCCCUCAACAUACAUAUUCCUGCAGGAAAGGGAUAUUGUUGCAAGCCAUCCAGAUAAGAUCAGAAUAAAACCAGAGGUUAGGUCAUCAUUUUUUUCUAUAGUAUUUGUGUGGAGAGAACAAAAAUCCCAUCAAAAUACAGUACUCACUGAAAUAAUAACAUUAAAUACAGAGUGAAACUUAAGCCUGACACGUGGUAAGGCCAAAUGCUCAGAAAACACCUCUCAAGUGCCAUGUGUUCACCAUAUACUGCAUUUCGUUAAAACCUCAAACACCAAACAACUUGAACACUGUAAUUGGUAGUCACUGUAAAUCCUCAAAGACCAAUUGUGCUAUAGCUAUAAUUCAUUGAAUUUUACAUGUUAGUAGAUAUGCUUUUGUUUUCUGGUUUGUUUUUUGUUUAAUUAACCAAUAUUUCAUCCUUAAUUGUAGCCAGCCAUUAGAUCCCCUUUCAUCAGGAGUUGCCAUCUACAAUAUUAAUUCCCUCAUGUAUUUCAAGAGCUAAGUAUUCACUCCAUAUUUAAUGCAGUGACUCUACUGACUAUUUUAGAUGUGAUGUUUGUUAACACUCAAUUCCUGAUAUUAUUCUGACUGUAUUUAGUUGGCUCUACAUUGAUGCAACCAGAAACUGUGAAUACAUUUUUUUUUUUAAAGAGCACAUGAACACUGAAUCACAUAAGGCAGAAAACUACUGCGGUGCUCUGAAUGAGUUGAAACUCUCAGACAUGUUUCACCUCCGGCUAUACCCCAGUCAGUGAUGUCAGAGCAGGUGUUUUGCAUCAGCUGUCAAAGGAAAACAUCUGCUUUGAUGUCAUUUAUCAGGCUGUACAUAAUUUAUGGUUAAUUUGCUCUUCAAACCACAGACAUGGGUUUUAAAUGAGCAGAUUACUCAACUAUAUGCACAAGUUUUAAAACGGUGAGGAUUUCUGCACCGCCUUUUCCCCACCUAGCACCAGCUCAGGUUUGGUGUAAGAAAUAAGUUGGAAGUGCCCUUUAACCCAUAUUUACAUCAGACCACAACAUUUGGUUGUCAAAGAAGGUAGUGUGCACCAGAGCAGAAAGUUGAAGUGUCAGGCCUCUGGAUGUGGACUGGGAAAGCGAGAAUUUCAGGGGAAAUUAGGUGGCUAUUUGAAGAGGGACCUCUUUUAAAAAUGAAAACAUUUCAUGUAGGGAAAUUAAAUGAAGUUUAUAUUUAAGAUAAGAUGAAAUACACAAGGAAUCCUACAAAGCCAGACAAAACUUGAGAAACCAGCAUCCACUCUUUUUCAUAAUAUAUUUAUUUUUUGAGUAUUUGUUCUUUUUUGAAUAUAUAAAUGUUUUGCCACUGUGCUGUGUAUUUAUGUAACACCCCCUUCUUUUUAAGUAGGUUUUACAUGUGUCAUCAACACUCCCUGUCUGGGCUAUGGUAAACUAUGCAGCUAGAGAGGAAGAUUAUAUAAACUCCAGUGCUUCAGUAACACUCAAUUUUAGACACUCCCAACACCUUGUGAAAAUCAACUGAUUUGCAGAAGCUGUAAUUAAAUUAAUUAAUUAAUUAAUAUAUAUAUAUGUGUGUGUGUAUAUAUAUAUUAUCAGAACCUAAAUGUUUAAGGAAACUGAUGGGCGGUAUUAAGGUGAGGCACAACAUUAAUGUUAUCGAUUGAGGAGAUUAUCUUAUAUAAUUGGAUAAAGGUUAUUUUUGUCAAUAAUGUGUUUACAUGCUGAUGCAAUUGUGAUGAAGCUGAAACUGUUGUGAAGGUGUAUUAAAUAUGUCCAUGAGCAUCUUAGCAUGUCAGUUAGGUGGGUGUCACUCCUCUGACUGUAUUCAGCCUGCUGAUGAAGUCAGUCUAGGCUUAUUUUCUGUGUCUGGCUGAAAACAGUCACUCAUGCCACCUGUAAUCACCACCAGAACAUUGUUAGGGAAAGAAAACCAAGGCAGCAGCAGGUUAUGAGAGAUUAACCGUGCUGUAAGCUGUAAGCUGCCUCUAUAGCUGCAAAAUACUUGAGGUCAACCAGCUGUGUCAUCUGUCAGUUGCUAUUUUAACUUGUUCACUAGCCAGUUUGCUCGUAAUUUAUUAUUAUUUAUUAAUAAAUAAAAGAAACCCAAUGAGGAUUAUAGACUGUGAAUAUGUGGAGAUGGUGGCCAUGUAGCUGUCCUGGGAAAGUAUGGUAUCUGUUCGUAUCAUAAAUUCAGCACAGAGAAGAUAGUUUCUACUCCUUCCCUGAAAUACACAUUAAAAUUCCUCAUUGGAACUGCUAAAAUAAAUGGUAUUGCUAACUAUCUGCUAAUCAGAUUGCACCUUGGAAUAUCUAUUGAUUGCAGUGCGGAAAGACAUUCAAAGUCAGGUAAUUUUUGAGAAAUAAUUUAUGGAUUGGGACUGAUUCACUCUCCAUUUUAAUAUGACUGAUUUGCUAAUUUCAGAUACUUAAAAAAAAACAGUACUGUAGUUAAAUUCACUGACACCUCAAUAGCUGUAUAUUAUUACAAACAACUACAACAAAAACUGCAAACUUUUCACAAGGUCACAGCAUAAAUAUCUGAAAGUUAGGGCUGUUAAACUUUUUUUUUAUGGGUAAUUUUAUUUUUCCAACAUCUUUAGAGCAGAUUUUGAGUCUGUAUGUCCAUUUGAUUCACUGUGUUGAUCUCAGUGAUCUUUCCACAAGCCACAAAUGUUGAUAAACAAGCUGUUAAAUUUCUUACAUAGCAAAAGGUUGCCUUCAAGUUCCUUUUCUAUUUUAUGUUCUGGUCGAUUGAGAACUGAACAAGUAACUGAUGAACGCUCUUGUCUGGUGUCAAGUCUGUGUCAGAAAUGAGGAACUCUUACACACUGGACAAACACAACACAUACACACACACACAAAGCUGAGAAAUGUCCAACUCUGACUCGUCCCCCAAAAGAAAAGAUCCAUCAGGCCUUCCAACUUGUUGACAUUUUUGUCAGUCUGACAGUGCUGGCCAGGUUCAGUGCCUUCACUUAGGCUGUUUCAUGACAGAUAUCGCCUAGGUCUCUCAUCGGGCAUUGCCAGCUCAUUCAGAUGUGCACAUUAGUCCUAGGUGUGGGAGUAGUCCAUCACUGUGUAGAUAUCCUGAAUAUUCUACUGUUUAUUCAUAGUUACCUGUAGGACACAUAUCAGAUCUCACAACACACUGCAGAAAUAGCCAAAGAACAACAUAGAGGUAGGCUACUAUUGCAACAAUGCCAUGAGUCCAUGAGUGUUCUACAGAAUUUCAUAUGUAUUCUGUGUGUCUGCUCAAUAUUUAACAUGUAAUUUGCUCUGAUCAGCUGUACUGCCUUGUGAGCCCUCAAAUAUAGUGUUUUAGGUUAUUUUUUUCCCAACAGACUUUUAAACCAUUUAGAUACAGAUUUACCCUCGAAACUGUUGGCUCAUCUGUCUGUCCAGUGUUUAUUACCUAAUGUAAUAGUCCAUUAUGAGUUUUACUGCAUUGUGUCCGAAUUCACUGCUCAAUGUGCUGCUCAUUUGACUCUUCCUGUGCCCAGAUACUCAGUCCUCACAGAGCAGUCCCCUCCCUGUUGAAGUUUAUUUUUAUUACGCAGUAAUGUUGCCUUAGUGUACUUACGCACAAAGCAGCCGUGUUUGUGCUGCUUCAUGAUACCUAUGUGUGCUGUUAAGAGUGCAGAAUAAAAAUGUUUUACAGUUGGU